GACGACUCGCCCUGUGGUGACCUGGUUGGGCUCGGGGUGUGACAUAGAGGGAACGGAAGGUGCAGAGGAUCCAGAGCUCCAGAGUCCUGGGGGAGGGAAGGAUAUGGGGUCACCAAGUCCAAGCGAGGGAAAGAGUGGCAAGGAGAAACUGAGAAAGGGAAGUGAAAGCCAAGAGGCAGGGUGCGAGGAUGUCAAUGCAGGGGCUGCCCGGGCAUGUCCCAUCAGCUGCUAGGGGUUUCCUUCUCGCCCUGAGUACCCCGCCAGAUUUGUGGCAAGAGUGGUCAGGCGUGCCUGCUUCAGAGUGUGUCCCGGUCAGUGGGCCAGUUCCCAGGGACCCGUUACAGGCCCCAGGGAGCGCCAUGGCCCGAGCACGCCAGGAGGGCAGCUCCCCGGAGCCCGUAGAGGGCCUGGCCCGCGACGGCCCGCGCCCCUUUCCCCUCAGCCGCCUGGUGCCCUCAGCCGUCUCCUGCGGCCUCUGUGAGCCCGGCCUGCCCGCCGCCCCCGCCGCCCCCGCCCUGCUGCCCGCUGCCUACCUCUGCGACCCGGUGUGA